AUGAGCACCAUCUUGAAGGGAGAGAAUCUUGCACUUCAAGGAAAAGCCACACAGUCCUCGCUGUAUGAGUUUGGCAUAGCCUGCAAUGCCAUAGAUGGAAAUCGCGACAACACCUGUGAAGGGGCAUCCUGCAUUCUGACAAAAAACAGUUCCAGCCCCUGGUGGCGACUUGACCUGUGCAAAACAGUUUUUUCUGUUAUAAUAGUCAGCAGAGCUUCGUUCACAGAAGGACUCAACGGAGCUGAGAUCCGCAUUGGAGAUUCUCUUGAUAACAAUGGCAAAAACAAUCCCAGGUGUGCUGUGAUCUCAAGCUUCCCAGUACGUGCCAUUCAAGAAUUCCAAUGCAACGGGAAUGAUGGGAUAGAUGGCCGCUAUGUCAACAUAGUCGUCCCAGGAAAACAGAAAAUCCUGACUCUGUGUGAGGUGGAAGUGGAUGGCUCUGUCCUGGAUUAG